GUUUACAUUUCGCGAAUAUGGCUGAAACAUCUACUCCAUCUGUGUUCUCGCGAAAUCUGCAAUGCGUACCAGAUAUUUCUUUCAAAGAAAUUGAAUUAUUUAGUUCCAGAAGCUCGGCAAAACGCAAUCACGAGCGUGGAUACAAUUAUUUCGCCGAGAAAUAUAUAUUCGACGUUCGGGUUGCACCGAAUCCCAACAACGAUGGGUGUCGAGCAACAUCUCGAUGCUACAGGUCAUACACGAAAAGUGGAAUUCCCCACACACUUGAAGUCUCAAUAAGUGCCACAAAAGCAAUCUCUAAUGGAUGCUGCACGUGUGCUAAUGGGCAAAGUGGGCACUGUGGACACAUUGUGGGCUUGCUCUACCAGCUUGCUCACUUUAAGAUAACAGGAGCAAACUACAUUCCUGAGGAUGCUGCAAAAACAUCACUGCAGACAUGGCACAUCCCCAGAGGAGAAAAGAUAAGAGGGGAGGCAGUGGAUGAAAUCAAAAUCCACAGUUUUAAGUCUGACAAGAAGUCAGACCGUAGUAUUUGUAGUACAUACAGGUACAAUCCAUUGUCUUCAGAGUUUCCAUCUGCCCUUCACCUUGUUGAGAGUUUAAAAGCUGCACAGCUAUUUUAUGAGUACAGAAUUACAACAUUUCAUUCCACAGCAAUGAUGCCAUUCUCUAUAAGUAAGAAGCAGACUCCAAUGGUUGAUACCAAAUAUGGUAAAUAUCCGAGGGGCAGUACACUGGCACAUCAGCAAAAACUUCAUGACAGCUUCAUCAUGAACUUCACUGAACUAGCCACAUUUCCUGAUCUUCCCCUAAGGAAUGUGAUGUCAGGAGAUAUUCCUGAUUUAUCAGAAGAAAAGAAGGACCUUUUAACCUCACUCAAAGUUUGUUUUCCCCAUUGUCAUUUAUCAUUUAUUAGAUACAUUAAAAUUUUAGAAGUGGAAAUUAAACUCAAAAUAAUUAAUUAUGAUUCUUCAGAUUUCCAAGCCUUGUCUAAAAGACUUAAAUCUUCAAAGACAAGAAUGACACAGGCCAUGAAAGAUGGCAUUAAAAAUGAGCCUCUGGCAGCUGAGGCAUACAGUAAUAUGAAGGGAAAUACUGUCAACCUGUAUCCAGCAGGAAUUAUCAUACACCCAGAUGCAUUCUGGUUGGCAGCCAGUCCAGAUAGAAAAGUGUAUGACCAGUCCAGAACACAAGAUCCCUUUGGACUGUUAGAAAUAAAGUGUCCAAGCAUGUCCACAAGAAGAUCACUUGAGGAACUACCCUAUUUGGAAGAAGUCAAUGGAAAGCUUCAGCUUAAAAGAAGUGACCGUUACUAUUAUCAGAUACAAAUGCAGCUGGCUGUAACAGGUCUAGAAUGGUGUGACUUUUUUGUGUGGUCCGUAGAUGCUUGCCACCUGGAGACAAUAAACUUUGAUCAAAAUUUCUGGAAUGGGGUAAAAAAUGUACUAAAUGUACUUUUGUAAAAGUAGUAUAGUAAUAAGAUGACAUAAAACUGCAUACCUCGUUCUUUUUAAUUAAAAUGUUAAUUAAAGGAAUGCAUC